AUGGCAGAGCCGUCCAGCACAGCAGCGCCCACGGGGCCUGCUAAGCCUCAAGCACCUCCCAAACCUCCUAACCCAGUCUUCAAAAUGAUGGGUCUCCCUAACAUGCGCUUCAAACUCCCCUCCCGCAACUGGAUGAUCUUUUUGACUGUCACUGGAUCAUUCGCUGGUGCACUUAUCUACGACCGACGAGAGAAACGCCGAUCUCAACAAAAAUGGUCGGAGUUGGUAGCUCAUAUCGCGAAGGAGCCUUUGGCUGUUGAGCAGAUGCGCCGCAGAUUGACAAUAUACUUGGCUGCGCCACCAGGAGAUGGUCUCCGUGUCGCGAGAGAUCACUUCAAGGAGUAUGUUAAGCCAAUUCUCACAGCAGCCGCGCUGGACUACACGGUUGUUGAAGGCCGUCGGGAAGGCGACGUGCGCGCUGGCGCGGCGGAGGGGAUCCGGAAAUUAAGACGCAAGGCUGGUGAGUCGGGCACAACUACUCUGGAGCCGGGUGUUGACGAGGUCAUACUGGCAACACGGGACUCAAUUGGUAUCACGGAUGAGUCCGGUCCCAAAGGCGACAUCGUUAUCGGCAGACAUGCCUGGAAAGAGUAUAUUCGAGGUUUGCACGAGGGAUGGCUUGGCCCUAUGGAUGCCCCAGCUCCUCCUGUUGAGGCUCCUGCUGAGACUCCUGCUGAGGCUCCCGCCACAAUUCUUGAAUCAUCUGAAACCCCAAUGAAGGACACGGCAGCUGGCGACGCCCCGUCUGAGGCGCCGGAAGCCGCCGAGAACAAGCCAGAGGAGACCAAACUCGAAGAGCAGAAGCCUGAAGAAGAGAAGAAAGAAGAGAAACCAUCCAAACCCGCCGGCCCCGCCGCUGCUCACAUCGCAACUGCCGACUACCUCUCCGCUCAACCCGCCCCAUCUCUCCCCCAAACGUUCGACAGCUCCGUCCCCAUCGAAUUCCCACACAUCCUCGGCUUCCUGAACACCCCCAUCCGAGUGUACCGUUACCUGAACCAGCGCCACCUGGCCGAAAACAUUGGCCGUGAAGUUGCUGGUAUUGUUCUAGCCAACGCCUCCAGACCUUACCGUGAUGAAUCUUUCAGCUCCGCCUCCGACUCCGAAUCCUCUGCUGAGAUUGCAAGUGGCAAGCACGAGCAGCAGACUGCCUUGGAAAUUGAGGAGAAGUCAUGGCACAAAUCCAUCUACAAGCGCGACGAGGAGGACAAGGAGCGCGAGUGGCUCGACGAUAUCGUGCUCGAUGAGCGCAUUGCCUCGCGUAUGAACCUGGCCCUGCUCUCUCCAGAGGACGAGGCUCGUUCUCAGCGCAUUGCCGAUCAGAAGGAGUACAUACUGGGCGAAGAACGCCCUGUCCCUGUUUCCUUCUGGCAACAUAUGUGGAUCAAAUAUGGUUAUGGUGAGGAUGAAGAGACUAUUCGACGCAAGCCGAUCGUGGGCAACUUCGACGGUGAGUUUGAUCAGUAA